CUGCUUCGCAGCUUCAAGCAACUCCACUCCAUCCAUCUCUCCAUCACCGCAAAGAUGCUGAAGAACGGCGUCGCACGAGCCCUGCGCACCUCGACCUUCCGACCGGCGCUUCGCCAGGUCAAGCCACAGAGCUACAUUCCUGCCAUCUCACAGCGAUUCGCCUCGAGCGAUUCUGCCCGCGAUGGCAAGGUCCACCAGGUCAUCGGUGCCGUCGUCGAUGUCAAAUUCCCUACCGAUCAGCUUCCCCCGAUUCUCAACGCUCUCGAGACGACAAACGGUGGACAAAAGCUAGUUUUGGAGGUCUCGCAACAUUUGGGCGAGAACGUUGUGCGAUGCAUUGCCAUGGACGGAACUGAGGGUCUUGUCCGUGGACAGACUGCCACCGACUCUGGUAGCCCAAUCCUGAUCCCAGUCGGGCCGGGUACUUUGGGUCGUAUCAUGAACGUCACUGGUGAUCCCAUUGACGAGCGUGGCCCGAUCAAGCACGAGAAGAAGCUCCCAAUCCACGCAGAGCCUCCGGCUUUCGUCGAUCAGUCCACCUCUGCGGAGGUCUUGGCCACCGGUAUCAAGGUUGUAGAUCUGCUUGCCCCAUACGCUCGUGGCGGUAAGAUUGGUCUUUUCGGAGGUGCCGGUGUCGGCAAGACUGUGUUCAUCCAGGAGCUCAUUAACAACAUCGCCAAGGCUCACGGUGGUUACUCGGUCUUCACUGGUGUCGGCGAGCGUACCCGUGAGGGCAACGAUCUGUACCACGAAAUGCAGGAAACUGGCGUUAUUCAGCUCGAAGGCGAGUCCAAGGUCGCCCUUGUGUUCGGGCAGAUGAACGAGCCUCCCGGAGCCCGUGCCCGUGUCGCACUCACUGGUUUGACUGUUUUAGAAUAUUUCCGUGACGAGGAGGGCCAGGAUGUGCUCCUCUUUAUCGACAACAUCUUCCGUUUCACCCAAGCUGGUGCUGAGGUGUCUGCUCUUCUCGGUCGUAUUCCGUCUGCGGUCGGAUACCAGCCUACUCUGGCCAUUGACAUGGGUGGUAUGCAAGAGCGUAUCACAACCACCAAGAAGGGCUCCAUCACAUCUGUGCAGGCCGUGUACGUGCCCGCUGAUGAUUUGACCGAUCCUGCGCCUGCUACCACCUUCGCCCACUUGGACGCCACCACUGUGCUUUCCCGAGGUAUCUCCGAGUUGGGUAUCUACCCAGCCGUGGACCCUCUUGAUUCCGCUUCUCGCAUGCUUGACCCACGUAUCAUCGGACAGGACCACUACGACACUGCUCUGAAGGUGCAGCAAAUGCUCCAGGAGUACAAGUCCCUCCAGGAUAUCAUUGCCAUUCUCGGUAUGGACGAACUUUCGGAACAGGACAAGCUUACCGUCGAGCGUGCUCGUAAGAUCCAGCGUUUCCUGAGCCAGCCUUUCACUGUCGCUCAAGUUUUCACGGGUAUUGAGGGCAAGCUUGUCGACCUCAAGGAGACCAUCAGCUCUUUCAAGAAGAUCAUGGAAGGUGAGGGUGAUGACCUUCCAGAAGGUGCCUUUUACAUGGUUGGUGGCUUCGCAGACGCACAGGAGAAGGGCAAGAAGAUCUUGGCAGACCUCGAGAAAUCAUAGGCCUGGCAUAGAUGGAUGAUGAAGUUUUCUAGCGCCCCCUUGUACAGUUACAAGCGCAGGGAGAGCAACGUCUGUAGUCGUAGAUCUUCGAAAGCGUUUCCUUUUGUCACUUGCAUCCAGCACAUCCACAUUGAAUCCACCUGAACUCACUCCUGGAACGUGGAUACAUAGAGGAACGUGUGAACAUUUGAUUACGCCGACGACAGCCACGCGUCAAAGACCACGAGGCAAAAGCUAC